CAUAUAAGAUCUAAACAAGAUCGCUUGCACAAGGAUAAACUUUACAUUUAGUGCUUUUCAAAGUCAACAAGACGUCUGCGUAGAUCGGGAGAAAAAGGGUCAAGAUAUAGAUCAUGAAUUUCCUACAGCUCCUGAUUCCGAUCUUAGUCCUUGUUCAAGAUAUACAGUGUAAAAAAGCAGGGACCUGGGAUUUUUGCGGUUGCCGAUUUCUGGACUGGGGACCUUGGUCCCAAUGCACCGUGUCAUGUGGCGGUGGAGGUUCAAAGGUGCGGUCAAGAAAAGUGAGACACUAUGUGAAACCAGGCUGUACCAAGUUUACACAUUGUGCUUCAAAUGAUGAAGGAUCGCAAUACGAUUCCUGUAACAGAAUAUGUUUCAACGGCGGAUCGUUUUCUUUGACAAGGUGCAACUGCGUCGAUGGGUGGAUGGGAAACUGUUGUACCGACCGUGUGACCUGCGGCUUUCCAGGCAACAUUGCCAACGGUCAGGUGAACGGAAAAGAUUUCACCUACGGAAAAAGUGUAACCUACUCCUGUAACGAUCUCCACAAUAUGACCGGUGGUCAUCGAGUAAGGACAUGUACCAAAGACGGGUUGUGGACAGCGAGGGCCCCACAAUGUAUAUAUGUCAACACCUGUCUCAGUAAUCCUUGUUCAAAUGGCGGAACAUGUGUCGAUGGCCUUAACCGCUACAAUUGCCAGUGCCUGCCGGGCUGGGGUGGUGUACAUUGUAGUAGAGAUAUACAGCCACCAGUUAUGAGCGGUUGCCCGUCAGAUAUGAGCAUCACAACUGGUGAACGGAGCACACUGGUUAAUUGGACAGAACCUUCCUUCUAUGAUCCAUUGGGAACACAAAUCAUAGUGACGCGAAAUAUUCCUACAAACCAAUGGAGAUUCCCGUGGGGGGAUUUCACAGUUCAAAUUACCGCAUCAAAACCGUCCAAUGGUCUUUCAACGGAGUGUAUUUUCAUUGUGAAAGUUAGACCCCACCGAUGCCCCGCUUUAAACAUUCCUAAUUUUGGUGCUAAAGUGUGUAACGGCUGGAGGAAGGACUUGGGUGAAUACUGUUUAGUUUUCUGUAACACCAAUCACGAUGUGUAUCCAAGGUUCUACCGUUACCGAUGGUAUGUUUGCGGAGCUAGUGGCGUUUGGAAACCAGGAAACAAACUGCCGGAUUGUGAAGCAUCCUUUGACACACGUUAUCAGAGAAGACACGGAUUUCACUUUGAAUCGUGCACCAACGCGAGUGAUGUUGCUUCCUUACAACAAACGUACAUUGACCGUCUAACGAAGUCUCAGUAUUCCUACUUCUGCAAUGCUUUCAACGACCUGUGUCAUCAUAGGAACGUUGACGUCGUCUGUUAGAACCAAUUAUCAUACCUUUCCUUAUUUUACACUAUAUAGAAAGUAGACUAUAGAACUGCUAUUUAACCUCUCCAAAAUGAUAUUAACCAGGUUAAUAGUCAAUAGUGCUAUUUACCUUUACCCGGAAUGAGCGCAUUCAUAUUUCUCUCU